GUGGGAGCCUUGGAUCACUCGCUCGCCCUGAUCUCUGGAUGGAACGUGUUGUGUUCGCCUUCAGCCCUACGCAUCCGCCGCCUUUUCCUUUUCGAGUCCGCCGAUGGGGAACCAGAGCUCAUCAUCCCGCUCCACCACGCCCACGUCGAAUCCGCAGUCGCCCAGCGUGACCACAUCACAUGGCUCCGCGAGGAAUGCCAUUCUCCCUCACCCCCGCGAGCUGACGCCGGCGUACCCAGCCCAGGCGAGGAGGCGCGAGUCCAUCCAGGCCCUGAGCUUCCACAACAAGGCCCACGCUGCCCCUCCGAGUGCCUCUUUUGAAAGUGCCCCGGCUUCGCGAGACCGCACCCGCGCACACACCAUCGCUGCUGCUGUCUCCAGCACCACCGCCCAAGUCGCCCACCAGCUGCGCGCUGCGACCGAGAGCCUCCAGGAGAAGUCAGAGAGGCCCGCCCCGGACGACAGAAUGGGCAACGAGCAGUCCCGCCAGAAGGGCCAGGUGCAGGGCCAGGUGCAGGGCCAGGGACACGCCCGCGAGCUCACACCGCCGAAGCCCGCCAAAGCAGCACCACCGCACCUCGCGCCCUCUCCGCAGACAAAGCCCGUCGACGUGCCUACUCUCCCCAAGGACGAGAGCCAUGCCAGUCGGACUGUUGAGAACGAACCGGUGUCCUCGAUUGACCCUGCUGACGCCUCGCAAGACUACUUCAUCCCGCCCUCCCAGUAUAGCCGCCCGCCCCGCCUGCCGCUGCCCAUUGAGGAAGAACCUCACACCCCUGGCUCUCCCAUUAUCUCCCCGCACGACCUGGUCAGUCCCAUCAACCCGGACGACAUCGACGGCGAGCUGCCGCGGAAGGGCUCGGUGCUAAGUAGCACAACGGCAGAGGACGAUGACCUGGGAGACGAGUACCGGGCUGCUACUGGCGAUAUGCCUUCCGUCCCAACGCUGAUUGAGUGGGAAGGUCCCGGCGAGCGCGUCUACGUCACAGGCACAUUUGCUGGAUGGAACAGGAAGUACAAGCUCCAUCGAAACGGUCCGAGCCCGAAGAAAGAUGUCCUCUCUGCCAUGGUCAAUAUCGUGCCAGGCACCCACCAUCUCAAAUUCAUCGUGGAUGGUGACAUGAAAACUUCGGAUAAACUCCCAACUGCGGUCGAUUACACCAACAUCCUGAUGAACUACCUUGAGAUCUCGGUGGACGAUGUCCCGCAACCACCCACGGCCACGUCGGAAGAAGCCAAGAAACCGGAGCCCGUUCCCGUGCAAGAACUACAACCUCCGCCGGGUAUAUUUCCUCCGCAGACGCUGCCACCAACCCCAGAAAUACUCCCCGUCACGCAGAAACCCCCAGGGGCGGCACCCCCGAAGCCGAAAGUGCCUACGCAAGUCGCAUCCCCGAAGAGAUAUCAUCAAUCUAUACCACGCUAUCUCCUGGAUCUCGAUGCCCCAGAAGAGUCUUCGAGGCUAGCACGCGCCAAUGCUGUGGCAAGCAAUUUGCCUACUCCGCCUACGCUGCCUAUGUUCUUGAGUAAGAGCAUUUUGAACGGAACAACCCCGAUGAAGGAUGAUAGUAGUGUGCUGAUUAUGCCAAACCAUACCGUGCUGAAUCAUUUAGCGACAUCGAGUAUUAAGGACAAUAUUUUGGCGACUAGCGCGACGACGAGGUAUAAGCACAAGUUCCUCACGACGAUUAUGUACAAACCCAAGAACGAAGACCCAGAUCGCUUCGACUAGCAUCCAAUCUAAAAGCUCCAUCAACAUGAUAUACGCUUCAAGGUAGACGUACGAUAUAUGCGUGAGCGUA